AUUUUAUAUUAAUCCUAUUAAAGAAAGAAAAUGAUAAUCGAAGAAAAUCAAAAAAUCCCUGAAAAUAUAUCUUAAAUAAUCUCAGCUAAAGAGUAGUAUUUAUCAGCUACUAAGUAACUAAUUGAAAUGUUCGAGAGAAAAUUAAGCAUGAUUUAAAAGGCAAAAUAACCAAAAUCUCUGGCUGCUUAAAUUUAUGAAGUUUAAUUAUUGUGUAAGUAGUAAGAAUAGGAUUAAUAACUAAAAAAUUAAGAUGACUUUAAUAUCCAAAGUCUUGAUAUUCUAAAAUACCAUAAGACUUAAAAACUAAAUUAAAUUAUUUAAACAUCAUCAAGAAAAGUCUAUAAAUGUUAUUGUCAUAAUAAGUUAUUUAAAACACCUUAAGAAUUGGGAGGACAUUUGAAAUCCAGAAAAAAACAUGUGAUUCGAGAAAAUACAAUUGAAUGA